CCAUAGGCCGUGUCAUCGUUUCCCUUGCUCAAGUGGAUAAUAAAUAAAUUGCAUCUGAAAGCGUCAUACAGCACAUCUACUUUGGAGAACAUUAUGGCUUUACGGCAUGAUGCACCCAAGGUGGCAACAUCUUCCAUCCAGUGAGGACAAAACCUGCGAAACGCAUAUCAUGGAGAGGAAGGCUCAUUAUGGUUCCGUCCUGGACAGAAGCAAAGCCAUAACUUGGCAGGGUGAUUGCUAUGUGGAUCUUCAGUCCACUCCCUGCUCCCCAUCCUCCAUUACACAACCACCAGCUCUCGACUGGGUCCAAACUCACCAAGACCAUCUGCGACGAUUCACGAGCGCCUCGUUCCUGGAGGGCUUGUUGCUACACUUGAGAAAAACUCACCUGCUGAGUUCCACCGAAGAGACCCGGAUCAAAGAAGCAGGCCAGUUGGAGGAGCAGAUCAACAUGCUCAUUAGCACCAUCUCCGGAAAGAAAGACUCACACGGUUCUGAAGCCAUCAGGGACUUCAUAGAGGGCUCAGAUUGUCCAGUGGCCCAGCUCAUCAAGAACUAUGAUUCCAUGGUGAAGGACCACAAAGAGGAACUUCUGCGACGCUGUGAGCAUCUCCGGGACAGAAGCCACAAACUGAACAUCUCCAGAGGCUUACUUCUGGUGGAUGGACUUUCUGACCUGCAGCACAAAGAGCACGACCUAACUCAGGUGGGAGCCACUCGCGGUAGGAGGAGGAAUCAUCUCAGAGAGCUAGGCCUCAACUCUCUCUUGGAACCCCUCACGAGGGUUAGUUUACCUCCAAGGGUCUCCCUCACGAUCGGGGUAGGUGGAAUCGGCAAGACCACGAGAGUCCAGCGCUUCAUCCGACAGUGGAUCCAAGGAGCUGUCUGUCCUGAUGUGAGCUUUGUCUUACCUUUUACUUUUUCUCAACUGAACUUCUUGGAGAAGCUAUCAGCGGAAAGGUUGGUUAAGAUUGCCUUCCCUCAUUUAAGCGACCCCAGCCUGAUCCUGAGCAGCUCCUGUCGGACAUUGCUUAUAUUUGAUGGCUUGGAUGAUUUCCGCUGCACUUUGAAUUUUUCCGAUGCAGCGCCCUGUGAUGACCCAAAGAAAGAAGUGCCCAUUGAGGACUUGGUCACAAACAUCAUUCGAGGAAAUCUUCUUCCAGGUGUGGCUUUAUGGGUGACCUCCAGACCUACAGUGGCUUCACUCAUUCCUGGAGGAUUAGUGGACAGAGUGACGGAGGUACCAGGGUUUAGCCCAAAGGACAUCCAUGGGUUCUUAAACCAUCACAUCCCUGAGACGGAUUUUGCGAAUAAAAUCUGGACACACCUGCAGAGCCAUAAAAAUUUGAUGGUGUUUUGCUAUACACCAUCUUUCUGCUUCAUAGUGGCUGAUACUCUGAAGUAUAUGCUCCAAAGUGGUGAGGAGGAACACCUUCCAAGGACUUGCACCGAGCUCUAUGCUCACUUUUGUGGCAUGAAAACAGAAUCAGGCGAGCCCCGAGGAAGGGAGCCUGUCAAAGAGACCCUCUAUGGGAGCAAUCGUAAACUACUGGGGAAUCUUGGACGCCUCGCCUUUUAUGGGCUCCUCAAAUAUAAUUACACCUUCAGCGAGCAGGACCUUAGAGCCUACGGGAUAGACCUGCUCUUGUCUCCAAAUAGCCUCGUCGCUGGACUUCUUAUCCGAGACGAGACAAUUUUAUGCACGACAUACCACUUCACUCAUUUAACCCUGCAGGAGUUUCUUGCGGCAACAUUUUACUACGUAUCAUCUAAGCGAGCCAUUUUUGACUUGUUCUCAGAAAGCACCAUGUCCUGGCCCAAAAUUGGUUUUCUGAAUCACUUCAAAAGUGCCAUUCAACGCUCCCAACAAGCUGCAGAUGGACACCUGGAUGUAUUUGCACGCUUCCUCUCAGGCCUCCUGUGUCCUCUAGCGGUGAAGCCUCUCGCUGGGCUUUUAGGUAAAGUUGAUGGCAGCCAGAGGGUAUGGGCAGCAGGCUUUUUACACAGCCUCUUGGAUGACGGCCAUGCUGUUGUGUCCCAUCGUGUAGUCAACUUGGUUUAUUGUUUGCAAGAGAUGCAACACACAGAGUUACUGCGCGCCGUGGAGGAUGAUUUAAGGCUUGGAAGCCUGGCGGGGAAGCUGACCCGAGCUCAUUGUGUGGUACUGGGCUACCUGCUGCAUGUUUCUCCUGAGUGCGGUGAACAAACAAACCUCAAAGCAUCCCUGAACUACGCCACAAUGAAAUGUUUGCUGCCACAGCUUCUCUACUGCAGCCAUCUCAGGUUAGAGAGUAAUCACUUCAAAGAUGAUGUCAUGGAAUUACUGGGAAGCCUCCUGAGUGCCAAAGACUGCCAUAUUCAGAAAAUAAGUUUAGCAGACAAUGAUGUCAGCAGCAAAGGUGUCCGAGCCCUGAGUCGAGCCCUCAUGGUGAACCGGACCCUAACAUCCCUCAAUCUGCGGAACAACAACAUUGGUUCUAAAGGCGCCAAACUCCUGGCAGAAGCCCUCAAAAUGAAUCAAGUGCUGUUAUCAGUCAACUUCCAGAACAACUCCAUUGAGGAGGAAGGUGCAUGGGCCCUAGCUGAAGUGCUGGAGUGUAACCGCAAAUUGGCGUCACUGAGCAUAAGGAAAAAUGGCAUUGGAGCCAACGGAGCCAAGAGGAUCGCAGAUGCACUGAAGGCAAACCGGACACUCACCAAACUCACCCUUUGCAGUAACCAGCUUGGUGACAAAGGCACAGUGGCACUGGCUGAAGCGUUGACAGUCAACCACACUUUGCUGUCACUUCAGCUGCAGAGUAACUCUAUCAGCAAUGAAGGGAUGACAGCCUUGACAAAAGCACUCAGGCUCAACCGAGGUCUUGUCUCAUUGAACCUAAGAGAGAACUCUAUCGGCAUCGAGGGAGCAAAGAACAUGGCCCGUGCUCUUCAUGAGAAUAACACCUUGCAAGACCUUGACCUCACAGCCAACCUGUUGCAUGAUGAAGGGGUUCAAGCAAUAGCGAGUGCAGUCAAGGUUAAUCAAGGCCUCACUUCUUUGCAUUUGCAGUGGAAUUUCAUGAAAUGCUCUGCCACGAAAGCGCUGGCUGAUGCACUCCUGAACAACACAACCAUACAACUGCUGGACCUACAGGAAAAUGCUAUUGGCAAUGAGGGUGUCGUUUGUCUGGCUCAAGCGCUGAAAACCAACACGUCAUUGCGUACAUUAUGUCUCCAGGGGGUCUCAGUGGGCUCCAGUGGUGCAAUUGCGAUGGCAGAGGCUCUAAUGACCAACCAAAGUCUGCAAACAUUAGAUCUCCGUGGAAACAGCGUAGGGAUGGAGGGAGCAAAGGCCUUGGCCAACGCCUUAAAAAGCAACAGGAGCCUCAAGUCAUUGAAUCUGCAGGAGAAUCUUCUGGGAAUGGAUGGAGCCAUUUUCAUUGCAACAGCCUUGAAAGGAAACCACCAAGUGACAUACAUCAAGUAUUUAUUUUUUGUGUGUCCUCUGCACCUCUACCUGAAAUUCCAAAUGAAUCCAUUCUUGCUGGAAAGACGUUCAUCUGUGUUGUUUAGUUUGCAGGGAAACGGCCUUGGCGAAUCAGGUGCUAAAGUCAUAUCUGAUGCCAUCACAGCCGACGCUCCAGCAUGUGUGGUGGAUAUUUGAACCGCCUCAAUAAGCCAACAAUUAAAGGAAGUUUCCAUAGUGAUGUGGAUUUUACUCUCACCCUAUGCUGUGGGUCAUUGCAGUGUAACUUGCUCUACCUGGGUGCAAGUAAUAAAAAUGUUUUUCACUAAUACAGGGCCUCAUCAAAAAUCAUUAUGUGUAAUUAUGUGGAAUGCAUCAUGUAAUUAUGCUGUGUGUAUCGGCACACGUAAGAGCAAGUUAUUUUGCCCAACAGACUGAAAGCUGUGCUGGUCCAGCAGAACCAGAGAGGCUUUUGUUUUUUUGCCACAUAAGUUAAAAUACGGAAAGUAUUAAAACGGGAGCAUUAUUGAAAGAAGGGCAAAAUACGGUAGUUUUGGGUAGGAAAAAUGGGAAGGGAAAAAUGUCUUGCACUAAUGCUUACGCUAACGAGAAUUUAGUAGGAUUUUGCAAAUUUGGGGCUACUAAUUUAGCAUUUUGUUAGCUACAUUUUUGCAUUUAUAGCCUAGCAUGUCUACCAUGUUUGUGGAAUGUGCAAUAACUAUUGUAUUUUUCUGCCUCUUGUGGAACAGAUUUUUUUCCGCUAAUGCUAACAAGAAUUUCGUGGUAUUUAGCAUUUUGUCAGCUAAAUUUGGUGUUUUUAGCCUAGCAUGUACGGCAUGUUUGUGAAGUGUGCAGGAACCUACUUGUUUUUCUGCAUCUUGUGGAUCCGAUUUUUGCACUGAUGCUAAUGCUAAUAAGAAUUUAGUAGUAUUUAGCAAAAUUUUUGCAACAGUAAUUUAGCAUUUUGUGUUAGCCUAGCACAUUUGCCAUGUUUGUGGAUUUUGUUUUUCUGCCUGUUGUGGAUUUGGUUUUUGUAGUAGUGCCAAUGCUAACAAAAAAAUUGUCAAAUUUAGCAAAAUUCUGGGAUACCAAUUUAGUGUUUUGUGAGGAAAAUUUAGUUUUUAGUCUAGCGCAUCUGCCAUUUUUGUGGCGUGUGCAGCAGCAGGACGUGACCAUUUACUUUACUUACUGUUGUAAUGCCUUCCAAAGUCUUACAAAAAAAGCAGUAUU